CACCACCUCCCACGCAAUGAACCCCAUUAUGACAGGCAUCCGCUCUCUUUCCACAUCCAACCACCCUCGCAAUCUCCUCCUCACAUUGGAUGCCUUCGGCACACUAUUCUACCCCCACCCCCCAGUCCCAGAACAAUACGCCACCACCGCCCACGAAUUCGGCCUCUCACGCACCGCCAUCACCCCCCAAAAGCUCAAAACAGUCUUCAAAGACGUCUAUAGCGCACAAGCCAAGCGCUGGCCCAAUUACGGCCGUGCUGACGUCCUACGCGGAAAAUAUGGCGGGCCGCGGCAAUGGUGGGAGGAGGUAAUCCAGGAGAGUUUCGCGCGUGUUCUGGCUUCCGAAGCUGGACAUGCUUUUACUAAGCAGGAGAAAUUCGAGCUUCCACCGGGUAUGGUGGAUGCGCUGGUUAAUCGAUUUGCUGGGGACGGGGGGUAUACGCUUUAUGAGGACGUGGUGCCUUUCUUUGCUCAGAUGCGGGAGGUGAGGAGCGCUAUGUCUGGGCGAGGGCGGUUUGAUCGUGUGGUGGUAGGUGUGGUUUCUAAUUCUGAUGAUCGGGUUCCGGCUGUGUUGAAGGCGUUGGGGCUGCGGGUUGGGAGUAUGCGUGCGGAUCAGGAUCGGUCGAGUAUGGAGUUGCCGGGGUUUGAGCAGAGGGGUGGGGAAGUGGUUAGUGAGGGCCAGGGGGUGGAUGUGGAUGUAGACUUGGUGGUUACUAGUUAUGAGGCUGGUGAGGAGAAGCCGAACCGGCUCAUCUUUGAUGUUGCGAAACGGCAGGCGGGGUUGUUAGUGAGGGAUCAGGUACUUGGGAAUGGUUCGAACCCAGCUGGGGUAGAUGAGACGGAUGACUGGGUUUGUGUCCAUGUGGGAGAUGAGUAUGAGAAGGACUAUCGUGCUGCUCUUAAUGCAGGCUGGGAUAGUUAUUUGAUUCCUCGGGGGAAUACGCAGGAGUAUCCUGCCAAGACUAUCGAUUCGUUGUUGGAUCUGAUUGAGGAGCUGGAGAUCCAGGCAUAAAUACUAGGCCCAAUAGUAUAAAGUUGUACAACCACCAUGGGUCUCACUCGGAGAUGGCGGGAAAGGAUUCCGCUUGAGUCCGAACAGACUGCUCUUGCAUGUACUCCGUACACAGAGUUCUGGCCCGACCUGACAUCAUUGUCAUGGUGAAAGCAAUGUUUGCUAUCUACAACACUCGUGAAAAUUCCACCAGGCUGAAUGAUUUGC